CAAAAGUUCAAUUGGAUGUGCGGCGUCACUCAAAAGGUGAUCAAUUCAAUUCAAUCUCGAAUUCGACUCAAGACAACUUUACUUCUACAGAAGUCCAAAGACUUAUUACCUUGCUAGUCGCUUUUUUCACCAUCUUGACGCCUCUGCACAUCUCCUCCUCUCUCCCAUACGCACAACCCCCCGCCCUGACCCUGACCACCCACUCGCCGUUUCUCGAACCACUUUCACUUCAACCCAGGCUGCAAGCCUAAAUUUCCGGCAAGAUGCAGGCGCCGGUGGUGGUUAUGAAUACUGGCAAUGGGGAGAGACAAGUUGGAAGAAAGGCUCAAAUCUCAAAUAUCACCGCAGCCAAAACUGUCGCCGAUAUCAUCCGAUCAUGUCUUGGACCAAAAGCCAUGUUGAAAAUGUUGCUCGAUCCCAUGGGUGGCAUUGUGCUUACCAAUGAUGGACACGCCAUCCUCCGAGAAAUCGAAGUCGCCCACCCAGCUGCAAAGAGUAUGAUUGAACUGAGCAGGACUCAAGAUGAAGAAGUCGGUGAUGGAACUACAACUGUCAUCAUUCUAGCCGGUGAAAUGCUAGCCCAAGCCCUCCCUCAGCUCGAACGAAAUAUCCACCCGGUUGUCAUCAUCCAAGCAUUCAAGAAAGCCCUCGCAGACGCCCUCGCCAUCGUCGAAGACAUCUCCGUCCCUGUCGACACCUCCAACGACAAACAAAUGUAUCAAAUCAUCGAAUCAUCCAUUGGAACAAAAACCAGUUCCCGUUUCUCCGACCUCAUGUGUUCCCUCGCCCUCAAGGCCGUCCGAGUGGUUUCUCAAGAUCAAGAGUUCUUCUCCAACGCUCCUCAGACCAAUGGCACCGCCAAACCUACUCCUCCAACCACAACCAUUCAAGCCUCCAAGCCUCCGGAGAUCGAUAUUAAACGCUACGCCCGUGUGGAAAAAGUACCAGGUGGAGAGAUCGAGGAUUCGCGGGUGCUCGAUGGAGUCAUGCUGAAUAAGGACAUCACACACGCAUCUAUGCGGCGACGGAUAGAGAACCCCAGAAUUGUUCUCCUCGACUGCACUCUGGAAUACAAGAAGGGUGAAUCACAGACGAAUGUUGAAAUCGCCGAUGAAGAGUCGUGGAAUCGCAUCCUGCAGAUUGAAGAGGAACAAGUCAAGAAGAUGUGUGAUGCCAUCCUGGCCGUCAAACCCGACCUCGUCAUCACAGAAAAGGGUGUAUCUGAUUUGGCUCAACAUUACUUCGUCAAGGCCGGCGUCACCGCCUUGCGACGGGUGCGGAAAACCGACAAUAACCGUAUUGCUCGAGCAACCGGAGCCACCAUUGUCAACAGAGUAGACGACCUUGUUGAGUCUGACGUGGGCACUGGGGCAGGUCUGUUUGAGAUUGAAAAGAUUGGCGACGAAUAUUUCACCUUUAUCACCAAAUGCAAGAACCCCAAAGCAUGCACCAUCCUGCUCCGCGGUCCAUCCAAGGACAUCCUCAACGAAAUCGAACGAAACCUGCAGGAUGCCAUGUCGGUGGCUCGAAACGUCAUGUUCCACCCACGACUGUCGCCCGGCGGUGGUGCCACCGAAAUGGCCGUAUCAGUGCGGUUAGCCCAAAAGGCCAAAUCCAUCGAAGGCGUGCAGCAAUGGCCAUAUAAAGCCGUGGCUGAAGCUAUGGAAGUCAUUCCCCGUACAUUGAUCCAGAACGCCGGUGCCAGCCCGAUCCGAAUCCUGACCCAAUUACGAGCCAAGCAUACCGAAGGCAAGUCCAGUUUCGGCGUCGAUGGCGACACGGGCAAUGUGGUGGACAUGAAGGAAUACAAGGUCUGGGAACCUCAGGCAGUCAAGAUGCAAAGCAUCAAAACCGCCGUCGAGAGUGCGUGUCUGCUUCUCCGCGUCGACGACAUCUGUGGAGCCAAGAGCGCCAAACAAGUCGGUGGCAGUGGAUUGAGUGGUGGCGGUGGAGAAGAAUGAUCGAACGAAUGAACCACCGUUGAGGAGGUUGUUCCAGGACCACCAGAUAUUGUCCUACUGAUGAUAGAGAGAUCGCAGAAUGUUCUUUUCAGGAACUUUCGAUCUCGACCGGCCUCCCAUGUCCGAAUAUAUACCUAUGUAUGUCAUGUUAUGACCCUGGGUCUCAGGUCUCAAUUCGGUAGAUUCGUCGCAGAUAACAGGAUGAAUCAUCCAAUCAAAGAAUGAAUCGAAGAAGGAAAGAAUGACACCGAAUCCUGGAUUCAACAUGGAUCGGAUCGGACUCUAGGCGAUUGAGCAGGAAGGGAAAGGAAAGGAGAAAAAAGGACAGACAAGGAUCGGAUCCAUCAGUGAUGAACCGAGCUAAGGUACCUACCUACCUAGCCAGCCACGGUACGGUGUCUGGUAACGUUGUAUGGAGAAUUUUGUAUGUUUGAAGAAAGUGGACAAUGAAUGGAUUAGUGGAUAGACGCAACAAUACUUGAAAU